AUUUCUCAAUUAUAAAGCCAAGCGCUCGAAUACGAGGUUUCUCUUUUUCUUUUCCAGUUACCGUGAACCGCAGCUCUGAACACCUUAGAUCAUUUUUCAUUUGAUUAUUUAGGCUUAACACCCAAUCGAAUCGGAUUGAUAGAUUAUAUAAUUGUAUAUUCCAUUCCAUCUUUCUGCCCGUAUAUAUACCUUGACAGUAAAUGGACGACACCAUGGACGAGUCAAAUAGGCAAGGUGAAGGUGGCAUUGAUAGUGCUCUGACGGGCAACAGUCAAUCGCCAUCCCAAUCGCAAUCGCAGCAGGGGCUACUAGGGGAAGAAGACGGAACUAAAGAUGAAGAAGAAUUGUUGGAGAAGGCACAGAAAUUGAUGGAUAAGAUCACUUCAAAUCCUGAUAACCCUAACCCUCGCGUGCUUCAUGCCAUAUCCUCUCUUCUGGAAACUCAGGAGUCCUUAUAUAUGAAAGAGAAUGGCUAUUCAUCUUUUAGUAAUAGCCGUGCUUCUCAUAACAUUGGACGGCUUGGGAACUUAGUGCGGGAGAAUGAUGAAUUUUUUGAAUUGGUAUCUUCAAAGUUUCUUUCUGAAACUAGAUAUUCAAUCUCCAUUCAGGCAGCUGCUUCAAGGCUUCUGAUGAGCUGUUCACUAACUUGGAUUUAUCCACAUGUUUUUGAAGAAACUGUAAUGGAAAACAUAAAAAGCUGGGUGAUGGAUGAGACUACUAGAUUGUCUGGCGAAGAUCGCCAAUGCAAACACGAUAUGGGGAAAAAAGAGGCCUCGGAUACUGAAAUGUUGAAAACCUAUUCGAUUGGAUUACUUGCAGUAUGUUUGGCAGGUGGCGGUCAAGUAGUUGAGGAUGUAUUGACAUCUGGAUUGUCAGCAAAGCUUAUGCGCUUUCUUCGAAUGCGUGUCCUUGGGGAGAUGAGUACGAACCAGAAAGAUGCUUUGUAUUUGAUGGAAAGUAAGAAUGUUUCUGCUGCUACCUGUGUUAGAGGAAGGGACGAAGGUCGAUGUAGGGUGCGGCAGGUUAUGGAAGCAACUCAUGUAGAUAAUUUGAAGAUAACAGAUGAGAGGAGUAUGGAUGAUCCAAUUGGUGGAGAACCACAUGAUAGAUUUGCUGAAGGGGAUGAUGUGAUUGGCGAUGAUGGUGGGGACAGAUGUCAUGGUCGAGACCCACGUGAUGGAAGAUUAAAAUUGGGAGAUCAUGAUGAGAGUGGGAGAGAGGACUCAUCAAGACGCAGGCAGUCCCGUGGAUGGGCAAAGCCUAGAGUGAAGGGAAGAGGUAAUGAAGCUGGUUUUGAGAAUGAACAGCUUUUGACAUCUCCAGGAUCUGGUAGUCGAACAGGACAGGGACGGAGUUCCAGAGAUAGGAAUUUGGUUAAAAAUUUAGAUUUGAGAAGAGGACAAGACACAAGAAAGUGCUCUGGAAAUAUAAAUCCUGAUGGUUUACCUGUAGAAAGAGAGGACACUGAUGAUUGCUUUCAGGAAUGCAGAAUUGGAACUAAAGACAUUUCUGAUAUGGUGAAGAAAGCUGUUAGAGCUGCUGAGGCUGAAGCUAGAGCUGCAAAUGCACCAGCGGAAGCAAUCAAAGCAGCUGGUGAUGCUGCUGCUGAAGUUGUCAAGAGCGCAGCCUUAGAGGAAUUUAAAUCUUCCAACAACGAAGAAGCUGCAGUUUUAGCUGCAUCCAGAGCUGCAUCUACUGUUGUUGAUGCUGCUAAUGCAAUUGAAGUUUCUCGUGACAGGAGCAAUAGCAUCAAUGAUGGAUCAGUGCCUCUUGGUGGUACAGAAACUGAAUUGACCGAGGAUGCUGAAGAGUAUUUUGUCCCUGAUUCUGAAUCACUUGCACAGAUUAGAGAAAAAUAUUGCAUUCAGUGUCUUGAGAUGUUAGGGGAAUAUGUAGAGGUGCUUGGGCCUGUCUUGAAUGAAAAGGGAGUUGAUGUGUGUCUUGCAUUAUUACAGCACAGUUCUAAAGAUAGGGGGGCAACACUCUUGCCUGAUGUGAUGAAGCUCAUUUGUGCUUUGGCUGCUCAUCGGAAAUUUGCUGCAUUAUUUGUGGAUCGAAGUGGCAUGCAGAAAUUGCUUGCUGUACCUAGGACAGAGCAAACCUUCUUUGGUCUAUCCUCUUGCUUAUUUACUAUAGGUUCUCUUCAGGGGAUAAUGGAACGGGUAUGUGCCCUUCCUUCAGAUAUUGUCUAUCAAGUGGUUGAAUUAGCUAUUCAACUUCUUGAGUGUCCUCAGGAUCAUCAAGCCCGGAAAAAUGCAGCCUUAUUUUUUGGUGCUGCCUUUGUCUUCCGAGCUGUUAUUGAUGCUUUUGAUGCUCAGGAUGGUUUGCAGAAGUUACUUGGCCUUUUAAACGAUGCUGCCUCAGUAAGAUCUGGAAUUAAUUCAGGUGCACUAAACCUGUCAAGUUCAGCAGCUUUGCGGAAUGACCGUUCACCAGCAGAAGUGCUGACAUCAUCAGAGAAGCAGAUAGCUUAUCACACCUGUGUUGCUCUGCGUCAAUAUUUCAGAGCACAUCUUCUUCUGCUCUUGGAUUCAAUUCGUCCCAAUAAAAAUAAUCGAAGUGCUGCUCGAAACAUUUCAAGUAUAAGAGCUGCAUACAAGCCACUUGACCUUAGUAAUGAGGCCAUUGAUGCAGUCCUAUUGCAGUUGCAGAAGGAUAGAAAGCUAGGUUCUGCAUUUGUGAAGACUCGAUUUCCUGCAGUUGACAAGUUUUUAGGUUUUAAUGGGCACAUUACCAUGUUGGAGUUGUGUCAGGCCCCACCUGUUGAGCGCUAUUUGCAUGACUUGCUUCAGUAUGCCUUGGGUGUUCUACACAUUGUUACAUUGGUUAAUGACAGCCGCAAGAUGAUUGUAAAUGCCACAUUAAGCAAUAAUCGUGUCGGUAUAGCUGUCAUUUUGGAUGCUGCCAAUAUUUCUAGUAAUUAUGUGGACCCUGAGAUCAUACAGCCAGCAUUGAAUGUAUUAAUUAAUCUUGUUUGCCCACCCCCUUCAAUCAGCAACAAACCCCCUGUUCCUGCUCAAGGCCAGCAGACUGUUUCAGGUCAACUUGCAAAUGCUUCUGUUAUGGAGCCUAGGGAUAGAAAUACAGAACGUAGCCUGAGUGACCUAAGGGAACGGAAUGGAGAGUCCAGUGCUGGUGAUCGAAGCAUGGUAGCAGCUUCUGCUGCUCGGUCAACCAGUAGCAAUUCACAAACACCUGUUCCUACUGCAACUUCAGGAUUGGUUGGGGAUCGAAGAAUAUUUUUAGGUACUGGAGCAGGUUGUGCUGGCCUUGCUGCACAAAUGGAACAAGGAUAUCGCCAAGCAAGGGAGGCUGUACGGGCCAACAAUGGUAUAAAGGUUCUUCUCCACCUUCUUCAACCACGCAUAUACUCACCUCCUGCUGCUCUUGACUGCAUUCGUGCUCUUGCAUGCCGAGUACUGCUGGGUUUAGCUAGAGAUGGUGCAAUUGCACAUAUAUUGACCAAACUUCAGGUUGGGAAAAAGUUGUCAGAGCUGAUUCGAGAUGCGGGUAGCCAGGCACCUGGAACUGAUCAAGGCAGGUGGCAAGCAGAACUUGCCCAGGUGGCAAUUGAACUAAUAGCGAUUGUAACGAAUUCAGGGCGUGCCAGCACAUUGGCUGCUACUGAUGCUGCUACCCCUACUCUGAGACGCAUAGAGAGAGCAGCAAUUGCUGCUGCAACACCCAUCUCUUAUCAUUCUAGGGAACUGCUGCUCCUCAUCCAUGAACACCUUCAGGCUUCUGGUUUGGCUUCAUCUGCUGCUACACUGCUGAAAGAGGCCCAAUUGACGCCUUUGCCACCACUGGCUGGUGCAUCUUCCCUUACGCACCAAGUCUCCACACAAGAAACUCCUUCAGUACAGCUUCAGUGGCCCUCUGGUCGAGCCCCUUCUGGAUUCCUCUGCAACAAAUCAAAAGCAAGUGCACAUGAUGAGGAUUCAAGCUUGAAGUGUGACUCAGCUUUGUCUUCAAAGAAGAAACCACUUGUGUUCUCACCAACUUUUAGUUUACAGUCAAGAAAUCAGUCUCAAUUGCAUGACUCCAAUCAUCCAUCAAUCAAAAAGGCUCCAGGUGGUUCAAAACAAUCUGCUACUUCUGGAAAUUCAUUGGAAGUGCUUCCAGAAGCCUUGCCAAGAAGCAUUCCCGAUGCAGAAACUUUGUGUAAAACUCCAAUUAUACUUCCAAUGAAAAGGAAAGUAUCAGAUCUGAAAGAUGUUGGCUGUGCUUCAUCUGGCAAGCGAGUAAACACUAGUGAUCAUGGACUUCGCUCUCCAGUUUGCUUGACACCUAAUGCCAUGCGCAAGAGCAGUUUGUUCAAUGACGCUGUUGGCAUUUCUACACCUAGUUCUAAUUUGAGGGAGCCACACGGUAGAUCAGUACCAAGCAGUUUGGUAGAUUAUGUAGAUGACAAUCAAUAUGGUAACCCAACCCAACUUGGGCUUCUAAACGAUCAGCAGUCCAGCAACUCAGAGCGGUUAAGUCUUGAUUCUCUUGUCGUUCAGUACUUGAAGCACCAGCAUCGCCAGUGCCCAGCUCCAAUUACCACUCUUCCACCUCUCUCUCUCUUACACCCACAUGUUUGUCCUGAACCGAAAAGGAGCCUUGAUGCCCCAUCAAAUGUAACAGCUAGGCUUGGUACACGGGAGUUCAGAAAUAUAUAUGGCGGGGUUCAUGGAAAUCGCCGGGAUCGCCAAUUUGUAUAUAGCAGAUUCAGGCUGUUGAGAACUUGUAGGGAUGAUGCUGAUGCCCUUUUGACAUGCAUAACUUUUCUUGGGGAUUCCUCUCAUAUUGCAGUUGGCAGUCAUACUGGAGAGCUUAAAAUUUUCGACUCCAACAGCAACAGUGUGCUGGAAAGCUGCACCAGCCACCAGUCUCCCUUGACACUCAUCCAGUCACAUGUUUCUAGUCAAGCACAACUGUUGCUCUCUUCAAGUUCCCAAGAUGUACGUCUGUGGGAUGCCUCUUUGAUCUCAGGUGGGCCUAUGCAUUCACUUGAAGGGUGCAAGGCUGCAAGGUUUAGUCAUUCUGGGAGUAUAUUUGCCACGUUAAAAAGUGAGCCAGUUCGACGAGAAAUUCUCAUUUAUGAUGUUCAAACCUGUCAGGUGGAAUCAACGCUGUCAGAUACAAGUUCAAGUUCUACAGGUCGGGGACAUGUGUAUUCACUUAUACAUUUUAGUCCUUCAGAUGCAAUGUUGCUCUGGAACGGGAUCUUGUGGGAUAGGCGGCAGUCUGGUCCUGUUCACCGUUUUGAUCAAUUUACGGAUUAUGGAGGUGGGGGCUUUCAUCCUGCUGGGAAUGAGGUUAUAAUUAACUCUGAGGUUUGGGAUCUUCGGAAAUUUAGGCUCCUUCGGAGUGUACCUUCCUUGGACCAGACAGCAGUAACGUUCAAUGGACGUGGUGAUGUCAUUUACGCAAUCUUGAGAAGAAAUCUUGAUGAUGUAAUGUCAGCUGUUCACACCCGACGUGCAAAGCACCCCUUAUUUUCUGCUUUCCGUACUGUAGAUGCUAUCAAUUACUCAGAAAUUGCAACUAUACCAGUAGAUCGUUGUGUCCUUGAUUUUGCUACAGAGGCAACUGAUUCUUUUGUUGGGUUGGUUACAAUGGAUGACCAAGAAGAGAUGUAUUCAUCUGCUAGGAUUUAUGAGAUUGGUCGACGGAGGCCAACUGAUGAUGACUCUGAUCCUGAUGACGCAGAAAGUGAAGAUGAUGAUGAUGAUGAAGAUGAAGAUGAUGGCGACAUGGAUCCUAUGCUUGGUCCAGACCUAGAUGGGGACGGUGAGAGUGAUGCUGAUGAUAUGAGCAAUGAUGAUGAUGAUGAUGAUGAUGAUAGUGUGAGCGAGCUUGAUGAUGAAGAGGAGGAUGGGGACUUCAUCAUGGAUGAUGUAGACUUUGAUGGAGGAGCUGGGUUGCUGGAGAUUGUUACUGAGGGUGACGAGGAGGAUGAUGACAGUCAGGUGGUUGAAUCUUACAGCAGUGAUGAGGUGGAUGAUUUUGUCGGUAAUGGUUAUAACUAUUAAAUAUUCAUUUUCUAAAUCUCCAUAUAUCGUUACUAAUAGGAGUUCAGGUGAUGUAAUUAUUUUAGCUUUUUCACCAGAGCAGCUAUUUAAAGCCUUUUUGGGUUUUGGAAUGGAGAGAGCUCCAUGUAACUUGAAGUUAAAACUUUUUGAGCUGGUUUCUAUAUUUUGUUAAUCAUUUAGCAAAUGUCUCAAAGUGAAAAAGAUAGGACGAACAUUUGAUUGAAUUCCUUGGGAGAUGAGAGGAAGGUCGAUUUUACUCGAAUCUUGGACUUGAUCUUUAAUCAUACAAUUUAAUUUCUAAAUUUGUUUAAGAUAAUUAAAGAGAUUAUAGAUAUAAUAUUUUGGAUUGAUUUAA